UGGCGCGGGCCUGUAAUCCCAGUUACAUAGGAGGCUGAGGCAGGCGAAUUACUUGAACCCGGGAAGCAGAGGUUGCAGGGAGCUGAGGUUGCGGUGAGCUAAGACUGCGCCACUGCACUGCAGCCUGGCGACAGAGCAAGACUACGUCUCAAAAAAAAAAAAAAAAAAAAAAAAUUACCCAGGCGUGGUGAUGUGCGCCUGUAGUCCCAGCUACUCGGGAGGCUGAGACAGGAGAAUCGCUUAAACUUGGGACGCGGAAGUUGCAGUGAGCCAGGAUCGUGCCACUGCACUCCAGCUUGGGCGACAGAGCGAGACUCUUCCCCCCCACCCCCCCAAAAAAAAAAAAAAAAGUAUAGUUCCACCUAUUUGACAGAUGAGGUCACUAAGCACCACCGGGGAGCAUGCUUGGCCGAUGAGCUCACCUAUUCCUGGUGCCCCUGACGUUCCUACCGGUUUCUUGUCCCGGCAGGUUGGGGGCGCCUGCCCCCCACUAGUCCAAGUGGAGGGGGUCCCUCCGCCCAAUGGGCCUGGCCAGGGCCCUACGCCGCCUCAGCGGCGCCCUGGAUUCGGGAGACAGCCGGGCGGGCGAUGAAGAGGAGGCCGGGCCCGGGUUGUGCCGCAACGGGUGGGUGCCGGCGCGGGUGCAGUCACCGGUGGGCCGGCGCCGCGGUCGCUUCGUCAAGAAGGACGGGCACUGCAACGUGCGCUUCGUGAACCUGGGUGGCCAGGGCGCGCGCUACCUGAGCGACCUGUUCACCACGUGCGUGGACGUGCGCUGGCGCUGGAUGUGCCUGCUCUUCUCCUGCUCCUUCCUCGCCUCCUGGCUGCUCUUCGGCCUGGCCUUCUGGCUCAUAGCCUCGCUGCACGGCGACCUGGCCGCCCCGCCACCGCCUGCGCCCUGCUUCUCACACGUGGCCAGCUUCCUGGCCGCCUUCCUCUUCGCGCUGGAGACACAGACGUCCAUCGGCUACGGCGUGCGCAGCGUCACCGAGGAGUGCCCGGCCGCUGUGGCCGCUGUAGUGCUGCAGUGCAUCGCCGGCUGCGUGCUCGACGCCUUCGUCGUGGGUGCUGUCAUGGCCAAGAUGGCCAAACCCAAGAAGCGCAACGAGACGCUGGUCUUCAGCGAGAACGCUGUCGUGGCGCUGCGCGACCACCGCCUCUGCCUCAUGUGGCGCGUCGGCAACCUGCGUCGCAGCCACCUGGUCGAGGCCCACGUGCGUGCCCAGCUGCUGCAGCCCCGUGUGACCCCAGAGGGUGAGUACAUCCCGCUCGACCACCAGGAUGUAGAUGUGGGCUUUGAUGGAGGCACCGAUCGUAUCUUCCUCGUGUCCCCUAUCACCAUCGUCCAUGAGAUCGACUCUGCCAGUCCUCUGUAUGAACUAGGACGUGCCGAGCUGGCCAGGGCUGACUUCGAGCUGGUGGUCAUUCUCGAGGGGAUGGUUGAGGCCACAGCCAUGACCACACAGUGUCGCUCAUCCUACCUCCCUGGUGAACUUCUCUGGGGCCAUCGUUUUGAGCCAGUUCUCUUCCAGCGUGGCUCCCAGUAUGAGGUCGACUAUCGCCACUUCCACCGCACUUACGAGGUCCCAGGGACGCCGGUCUGCAGUGCUAAGGAGCUGGAUGAACGGGCAGAGCAGGCUUCCCACAGCCUCAAAUCAAGUUUCCCCGGCUCUCUGACUGCAUUUUGUUAUGAGAAUGAACUUGCUCUGAGCUGCUGCCAGGAGGAAGAUGAGGAUGAUGAGGCCGAGGAAGGGAAUGGGGCGGAGACAGAAGAUGGGGCUGCUAGCCCCCGAGUUCUUACACCAACCCUGGCGCUGACCCUGCCUCUGUGAUGCAAACUGAUGUAGCCUUCCCCAUGUGUGCCCCCUUCCCCAAGGUAGCAAGAUGGAGAGAUAGGGCUCUCUCCUGGGAUGGGGGCAGGUGUUCCUGAAGACCAACAGGCCUGCUGGGUAAAUGACUAGGUGGUAAGGUUCUGCCAUGUCUGGUGACCCACCAUGGACAUACUGGACCUUAAUUUUAAUUUCUCUGCUUCUGUGCUGUCUCCUGAGACCCCUUUAUGAGCCUGAUCCCUGAGUCUCACCAGAGUUCUGGAUCACCCAAGAGGAAAAGACUGGUGGUUCUAGAUCCCUCUAUAUGGGGGGAUCUGGAUUGUUGACCAGGGUGAGAAACCAAUGGUAUAGACUGCCUCUGGGGAAGCACGUUGGCUGUUCUUGAACAGCAUCAGAGAUCAAGAGUUUGUAGGUCUGGAUUUACCUAAGCUUCAAGGGAGUGUUGCUUCUCAAGUCAGCCAACUGAGUAGCAAAUCAUUUGUUCUAGACCACCUAAGGAGGGAAGGUUAUGGAAUAACCUUCCAAGUAUGGAAGAUCAUCUUGAUUGACCAAAGACAAAAAAAAA